AUGCUGCUGCCGUUCAGCUUUGGUAUUUUACAAUGCUUAGUGCGUUCGCUGACAAUGGUUGGAGUUUGUAGAAAAAUCGCCAAUGUUAUUGUGAAACGGAAAGAUAUUUUGCGGUUGUUGAACAUCCUCAACACAUAUCCGUGCUGUUAUCGCAAUGAACAAGAAAAACUUAUCCAAGAUAAAAUCGAUACAACUAUAAACGCGAUUGUUAUAUGCGUGACAGUUUAUAGAUUAUCUCACAUCGGUGUCAAUCAUCCAAAAUUAAUACCAACAAGUUGCGAUGUAGCGAUGGCCGUUUAUCAAUCUGAUUGGUACAUUUUGAGCCUCGGUACUCAAAAAAGUUUAUUGCUGGUAAAACUUUCUUAUUCACUUUACAACGUUCUUCAGUGA